UGGGUUUUCAAUAACAAAAAGCAAGUUUUGCAGUACCCGUAUUACUUGGGCGCGCAUGCAAUAGAUGAUCAGAAGAAGGAGAUCGAGGUUAUAUUAUUUUGGGUUGAUGACAAUAAGUGCACUGGGCUCGGAUUGCUUGCUGAUCAAAAAAGUGAAAAAUAUGAUCUGAGUGAUCGAUCUCAACACGAUGAAGAGAGGCAUGCACGUUGUUCAUCAUGAUCGUUGGGGGCUCGAAUGGAUGGAACAUGCAGCUGCUUCAUCUUCAGGAUUUUAGCGGGACCAAGAUGGCAAGAAUUUCAAUCCCCUUCUUGGGAUGUUUUUUUUUGGCAAUAUGUUUCUGCUCAUCAAUGGCAGAAGCUCAAGGAUAUGUGGUAUACAAGGACCCAAGGCGACCGGUUGGAGCUAGGAUAAAAAAUCUCUUGGCAAGAAUGACUCUGGAAGAAAAAAUUGGUCAGAUGCUUCAAAUUGAAAGGGCUAAUGCCACUGCCCAGGUCAUGAAGGAUUACUUCAUUGGUAGUGUAUUAAGUGGUGGAGGGAGUGUGCCUGCUCAAAAGGCUUCUCCAGAGCAAUGGGUAGAUAUGGUGAAUGAAAUUCAGAAAGGGGCUCUUGCUACCCGUCUUGGAAUCCCUAUGAUUUAUGGAAUUGAUGCAGUUCAUGGACACAACAAUGUAUAUAAAGCAACCAUUUUCCCCCAUAAUGUGGGUCUUGGAGUGACCAGGGAUCCUGAUCUUCUAAAGAGGAUCGGUGCUGCAACUGCACUUGAAGUUCGAGCCACUGGGAUUCCAUAUGCUUUUGCUCCAUGUAUCGCGGUUUGCAGGGAUCCAAGGUGGGGUCGGUGUUAUGAGAGCUAUAGUGAGGACCCCAAGAUUGUAAAGAUGAUGACCGAGAUCAUCCCAGGUUUGCAAGGAGAUAUCCCUGCAAAUUCUACAAAGGGAGUUCCGUACGUUGGUGGGAAGGACAAGGUGGCAGCUUGUGCAAAGCACUAUGUUGGUGAUGGAGGCACAGUUAAAGGAAUUAACGAAAACAACACCAUAGUUACUCAGCACGAAUUGUACAGCAUCCACAUGCCUGCUUACUAUGAUUCAAUUAUUAAGGGUGUCACUACUGUUAUGGCAUCUUACUCGAGUUUGAAUGGAAUGAAGAUGCAUGCGAACCAUAAGAUGCUGACAGGGUUUCUCAAGAACAAACUCCACUUCAGGGGUUUCGUCAUCUCAGAUUGGCAAGGAAUUGACAAGAUUACAUAUCCACCACAUGCAAACUACACAUACUCUGUUCAAGCUUCAAUUCUAGCUGGUGUUGACAUGGUCAUGGGUCCUUACAACUACCCAGAAUUUAUCAAUGAAUUGACCAAUCUGGUUAAGAAGAAUGUCAUUCCCAUGAGCCGCAUAGAUGAUGCUGUGAAGAGGAUUUUGAGGGUUAAGUUCUCCAUGGGGCUCUUUGAGACCCCGCUGGCUGAUAACAGUCUGGCCAACGAAGUUGGAAGCAAGGAGCAUAGGGAACUCGCGAGGGAAGCUGUGAGGAAAUCACUUGUGCUAUUGCAAAAUGGAAAAUCUGCAGCUGCCGGGCCUCUGCUGCCUCUCCCUAAGAAGGUGCCAAAGAUUCUUGUUGCUGGAAGCCAUGCAGACAACUUGGGUUAUCAAUGCGGUGGAUGGACAAUCGAAUGGCAAGGACUUGGCGGGAAUGACCUCACUGCCGGAACCACCAUCCUUAAUGCCAUCAAAGCCACUGUGGACCGAAGCACCCAGGUGGUCUUCAAUGAGAACCCCGACCCUGCCUUUGUCAAGUCCAAUGACUUCUCCUACGCCAUCGUGGUAGUAGGCGAGCAACCCUACGCUGAGACCAACGGUGAUAACCUGAACCUCACUCUCCCUGAACCCGGGCCGAGCACAAUCAACAAUGUAUGCGGGGCUGUCAAGUGUGUUGUCGUUGUUGUCUCCGGUCGGCCGCUUGUCAUCGAACCAUAUCUUGCAUCAAUGGACGCUCUGGUGGCUGCAUGGCUCCCAGGUAGUGAAGGUCAAGGUGUGGCUGAUACUCUUUUUGGUGACUAUGGAUUUUCUGGCAAGCUGGCUCGAACAUGGUUUAAACGAGUAGAUCAGCUACCCAUGAAUGUUGGGGAUCAACACUAUGACCCUCUUUUCCCAUUUGGUUUUGGGCUAACAACUAAGCCUUCGAGGCAAAGCAGCUGAAGAUCCAUUCCCUAGAAAAAGUUCCAAGAACAAUAUGUUUUAAUGUUUUUUACGUACGACCUUAUGUUUUUUACGUCAACUUGUAAAUUCUUUAUUUCCUACCUUAUAUAUUAAUGCC